AUGGCUGACUCGGGCGGGUCCCCCGAUGUGCACGUCAAGGCGGGGCCUUCCUGCAGUGUGCUGCACAGCUCCAACCCGCUCUUCAGCCAGAGAGCCGCCAUAACAGACCUGCGCAAGCCCUACCUUGUGACACAACGCUUCCCAACCGUCCACACUGGACGAUGGUUGCAUUACCCGGAUGUCUACGUGGCCAAGCAAGAAGUCCUGGACGCAGACAACAAAGCCACGCACGAAAGCAAGCUCUGGCGAUUACUGCUGUGGCGUUUUUCUGGGCAUUGGCAGAUGUCAUCACAGAGCUUGGCAUGGAAUCAAAGGUAUGCUUUGUGCCAAGUCGUACACAGGGCAAAAGACUCAACCGGAUGCCAGGGCCUCCCCGGUGAGCUGUCCAGUAACGAGCUCUACGUAAUCAUGGCUGUGGCAGAGAGCAACAGCAUUGCCCGGGUCGUCGGCUCUGAGAAGAAUCUGAAAGAGUACAACGAGAAUCGGAGAGUGGCGACAGAAGGCGCCGAGAAAGACUGGACCGCCAUGUACACGCAAUUUCGCGUUAGCCAUGCCUUGGGCACGGUGCCAUAUCGCUGGGACCAACGUGGUGCAGACGGUCAGCCCUACACGACGGCCUCUCUACUGGAGGCGCGCUUUAUGGAGCCCUUGCCCGUGGUGGUAGCCCAUGGAGGGCUCUUUGCUGAUGGCGCCGUGGAGGGCAGCAUGAAGGCGCAGGUGGUGAAAGAGCAUCUCGGGCUGAAUGUUGAGGAGCCACUCAUGAAGCAGCUGGGGGCUCAGGGCAAGGCGUUGCUGAUGCAAGAAACGGAGGAGGAGUGGGAGUUGAUCUUCAGCCACCAGCACCUUGCGGCCCUCGAGCAUCAGACGCGGGUGGUGGCGAGCUUUAAGAAAAGCCCUGCUCGGCCCAUCACGGGCAGCUGGGAGACUCCGGACGAGGGCCCCAUGAAGUACGCAGAUGAUGAGCUGGUGAUGGAGACUCUGCGCGACCUCGGGGAGAUCCUCCGCGAGGAGACACCUGCUGAGAUCGCGGCGGGUGCCUGA